UGAAAAUGCGCGAAAGCUCGAGGUUCACGUUCAGUUCAAGCUUAGCUUUCGUUCGGGGUUAAAGAGGGUCGUUUACCCGAAAAUUAUUUUACCUUAACAGAAUAAAAAAAAAGAUAAAUAUAUUUAGAAUUUUAGUGAAGUGAUGUGAUUAAUACAUAAAAAAAAUGAGACUUGUUCAAAGACUUCGAGGUGAAAGACACGAUGAAGAUGCAGCUUCCGGUCCGCCACCGGGUUCAUCAAGAGAUCGUUCUAAAAGUGUUUGCGUCGCAAAUUUUCCGCAAACAAAACAACCAACGAGAAUUCAGACUGGAGAUGUUAGUGCUAUUAAAUUAUUUCAUAGGAGAGCUAGUAGUGCUAUUUCAACGGCAAGUGAUCUUAUUUCGAGGAGAGGUGUCUUUUCGAGGCGUUAUUAUGGAUCAGUUGAAGAACUACAUCAAAGUGAAAGUGAUGGACACGAGCAAGGUAGAAGAUUUAGGAUUGAAAAUGGGGAUUCGCCCGGUGAAAAAGAUGAGAUGUUUGGAUCUCCGAGUACUCCAGUGUUGGAAAAUCCGGAAUACCAAACGCGAUGGUACUUCAAAUAUUUCCUUGGAAAACUGCAUCAAAAUUAUGUAGGAACCGAUUCAGAAAAAUCCCCAUUUUUUCUAAGCGUCGUUGUUAACGAAAACUCCAAUCAAUGUGUGCCUCUUUACAGAGCUAUUUUAUUCAAAAAAACCGGAGCACAAAAAAUUUCGUUACCUUACACACAUAAUAAAGUCUUAACUGUAAAACAAAUAUUAUCGAACUUCCCGAAUAUGGAAAAAGUGGAAAAAGGGCCGAAAGAAAUUUUUUCUCCGGAAAUACAAAAAGAUCUGCUGUUGCUCGAAGAACAGGAGGGUUCGGUUAAUUUUAAAUUCGGGGUGAUUUAUAUGAAACACGGCCAAACGAGCGAUGACGAAAUUUUAAGCAACGAAAACGGGAGUGAAAAGUUCGAUAAAUUUCUACAGCUUUUGGGCGAAAGAAUACGACUUAAAACGUGGGAUAAUUAUCGAGGUGGUUUAGAUGUUAAAGGUGAUAUGACCGGAAAAUAUUCGAUUUACACCGUUUACGAGGGCCACGAAAUCAUGUUUCACGUGUCGACUUUAUUACCUUAUUCCCGUGAUAAUAAACAACAGGUCGAACGAAAAAGGCACAUAGGAAACGAUAUCGUAAACGUACUUUUCGUUGACUGUGAGGACGAUGAAAUAUUAGACGCACACGUUGCAUUUAAUCCCACGUGCAUUAAAUCACAAUUUACACAUAUUUUUGCGGUGAUAACUUUGGACAGUCAAAACACGUACAGGAUGUCAAUAUUUGCGGACGAAGCGGUCCCAUUAUUUGGGCCAAGCCUGCCCUGUCCCCCCGUGUUUGAAGAGGCCUUUUCAUUUCGAGAUUUCCUCCUUGUAAAACUCAUCAAUGGCGAAAAAGCGACUUUUGAAACACCCACUUUCGCCAGGAAACGAGAACGUACCUUGGAGAUGCUCAUCAGGGAUUUAUAUACUGAACAUACAACAGAUGCUCGAAUGACGAUGUUGAAUAGAAGAGCUUUCUCAGAUGUUUUAGCUGAAACACCACGACAUUCUCGAUUAAAAGAAGAUUCGAGACAAAUCGAAUUCGUUCGAAUCGGGCAAGCUUUAAAAUUGGAAGCUAUCGUAAGAGGAGAUGCACCUACAAGCUUGGUUUCAAGUAACAACAGCAAUCUUCAAGGAGGGAGCGUUUUCAAACGAUCCCCUUGGGAGGCUAAUUGUUUCUAUCCAGUGUUUCCUUCAACCGUAAUUUUAUGCGCCGACUCUUGGGGCGAUAACAAACUCCUCAUUGGCACGGACGAUGGUGUUUUUAUCGUUGAAGAAGGAAAUCUUCAUAGAUUAAUUUUCGAUAAAACAAUCCAACCGAGACAAAUAAAUGUAAUAGAAGCGCAUGGGAUUGUUUUAAUUCGAGUUGGACAAUCGGGGAAAGAAGGAAAAAUUUACGUUUUCCGUUUAAAUCAAAUUGAGCGGAUAAACGAAACGAAAACGAAAUUUGAAGUGAAAGAGCAUCGAUUAGAAAGAAGUAGAGGAACUCAUCUUUAUGCUAUUUCAAAAACAGGUGGAUCUCGUUUAAGAAUGUGUUGUGCUGUCGGACGGAGGCUUUUGAUGUUUCAAUGGAAACAUUCAGCAGCUUGGACUGCUUGGUGUCCAAAAAAUGAUACGGAUACAGUGGAUGGGUUUAGUUUUUUAUGGGAAAUAACAUUGAAUGAAAAUCCAAGUAUUUUAACAGUGUUAGAUGGAAAUUUAACUCCCACUCAAGACAUUUUAGUUUGUGUUGGAUAUAAAAAUCAUUGGGAUAUAGUAAAUGGGCGAUUAGGAGUGUUUAAACAUUUACAUUUAGUUGAUUUACAAAAACCUCAUUUAGUAACAGCUUUGGAUUUGUACGAAGAUGACGAAAUCCAGCUCCUUUUAUGUUAUAAUCAUACUUGCCAUUUUCAAAAGAUUGAUGAUGCUUUUUCUAAUUUAAAUUUCGAUUUUUAUUGGAAUUCAGUACCAACAAAUAUAGUGUGCGUUUUUCCUUACAUAAUUGGCUUCACUUCGAAUUCAAUGGAGAUACGUUUGAUUGUGAACGGAAAUUUAAUCCAUACCAUCACCAUGCCUAAAUUACAGUUAAUCGCUUCAAAAAAUGAUAUCUUUUUUGCUACAACCGCGCCAGAAUUUUUUUCAAAUCAGCAUGAUCAACCUUUUAAUUUAAAAAUAUCACCUCCAUUAAGCCCUAAUUCUUCACCUGAAAUGAAACCAUUAAGAAUUUAUCGAAUUCCACUUCAAGCAUUAAAUAAAACAACCCAUAAUGAUCACAUUUCAUUAAGGAAAGAAUCUCCGAAUAGUUGGAAGUCGACGGAUGUAAAAUUAACAGUUCCAGAACCACCAAGGGUUUCAAGAAGUGCGACCAGUUCUCCAAUUCCACCAAAAUCAAAGGGUUGUUCCGUAGCAAAAUUAUAAAUAAAAUUAUGUACUUUUCUUAAAUUCUUCCUCUUUGCACUUCACUUGAGUGAAAACGAGUGUCGCAAUCGGAGUAAAACGCGUUUUACAAUCGUUAAAAGAAAUUAACUUAGGACGAUUAAGAAAGGUUUAAUUGAAAUGGUCUUCACGGUUUUAAAAUCAAAAAAGUAUUAAUAAAAAUUAAAUAUAAGUCAUAUCAUUAAGUCUCUAUUCUCGAGUGAGUAAUAAUAAGAGAAAUGUUGAUAAAUAAGAGAGAAUUAAAGAUAUUAAAGA